AUUUGAAGUGUCCAAAAACUGGGGAAAAAAAUCUCUUCAGAGCCCUGUGUAGAUUUUGUCUGAUGAAGACUUCCUUUUCCCAAGCACACCAGCUAGAGGACUAAAAAAGCUAAAGAAAAGUUUGACGAUAGAAGAGGAGGAUGUGGUAUCUUCCUGAGGAGAAAAAUGGAAAGACACAGAAGGUCAAGUGCAAAUGAAGUUAGGCAACUGAGGCAAAAAAUAGUUUGUAGAAUUCCAGAAACAGUACAAGGUGUGAUUUCACUGAAUCAAAAUGACAAAGGAGUUUAUUCCAAGAAUAUAGUGGGAAGAUGCCCAGAGUUAACAUGUGCAAAGAGUUCACAGCUGUGUUGAUUUUUAAAGUAUUGCUGUCUUUCUAUAUUGGCUGAAAUUUUUUCAGAUUUUUUUCUGGUCAAGCAGACAGUUCAGGAUACAGAAUCCAAGGAUGAAUGUUCACCGUGGCAGUGAGAGCGACAGGUUAUUGCGGCAGGAGGCUGGCUGCCUAACGGAUGAAAGCCCAGCUGCGGCACAAGAGAAAGAAACAAAUAGCCCGGCUUCUUCUGGUCUUCAGAACCUUACUUAUCCUCUAGGCCCCAGGAGCGAUGACCUUUCACUUGACUAUGCCUCUCAGCCAGCAAAUCUCCAGUUCCCUCACAUAAUGCCGCUUCCCGAAGACAUCAAAGGCUCCUGCUUCCAAAAUGGGAAUAAACGGAACCAUGAACCCUUUAUGGCUCCAGAACGAUUUGGAAACAGCACUGUGGGCUUUGGCAGUAAUGUUCAUUCCCAGGCGCCAGAGAAAGUGACACUUCUUGUAGAUGGCACACGUUUUGUUGUGAAUCCACAAAUUUUCACUGCUCAUCCGGAUACCAUGUUGGGAAGAAUGUUUGGACCAGGAAGAGAGUACAACUUCACUCGGCCCAAUGAGAAGGGAGAGUAUGAGAUUGCUGAAGGAAUCAGUGCAACCGUAUUUCGAACCGUGCUGGAUUAUUACAAAACUGGUAUCAUUAAUUGUCCGGAUGGCAUCUCUAUUCCAGACCUUAGAGAUACAUGUGAUUAUCUCUGCAUAAACUUUGACUUCAACACUAUUCGAUGUCAAGAUCUGAGCGCUUUACUGCAUGAACUGUCUAAUGAUGGUGCUCACAAGCAGUUUGACCACUACCUCGAAGAGUUGAUCUUGCCCAUCAUGGUGGGCUGUGCCAAGAAAGGGGAGCGAGAGUGCCACAUCGUCGUGCUGACGGAUGAGGAUUCUGUGGACUGGGAUGAAGACCACCCCCCUCCCAUGGGGGAGGAAUAUUCCCAAAUUCUUUAUAGCUCCAAGCUCUAUAGAUUCUUCAAAUAUAUCGAGAAUCGUGAUGUCGCUAAAACAGUGUUAAAGGAGCGGGGCCUGAAAAACAUUCGCAUUGGAAUUGAAGGUUAUCCUACCUGUAAAGAAAAAAUUAAGAGAAGACCUGGUGGCCGAUCUGAAGUAAUCUAUAAUUAUGUGCAGCGCCCCUUUAUCCAGAUGUCAUGGGAAAAGGAAGAAGGGAAGAGUCGCCACGUGGACUUCCAGUGUGUCCGAAGCAAAUCCCUCACUAAUCUGGUGGCUGCUGGAGAAGAUGUCUUAGAGGACCAGGAGAUAUUAAUGCACCACCCACCCCAAGUGGAUGAACUUGACCGGCUGAACGCCCCACUUUCUCAGAUGGCUUCUAAUGACUUUCAAGAUUAGGGCCAGCUGUGGACCUACCCCUCUUCGGAGCACUUCUCUGUCCAGAAUGUCCACAGCCAGUCCUCCCAUGGUUUGUCUCACCCUGAAUAGGAGACAUGCUUCUCCAUCCUCUCCCUUUCUCCCACAAAUAACCUGUGUCCUUUUCAUUACUGAGAAAUCUGUGCCUCCGGCAGGGGAUGAAAGGCACUCACUGGUAAAUAAGCUACCAGCUUGGCAGUGGCCCUGGUAACUUGAAAAUUUGGGGUCUGGUGCUGUUUACUCAGUCUUUGCAUAACUGCAAAAAGCAGGAAAGGAAGUCAAGACUCCUGUUGCCUCCUAUUCAUCAAAGCAGUCCUCAUCCUUUACACUUUGUUCUUGGCUUUUGUUUUGUUUGUUGUAUACCAGGCGAAAUGAAUUACUGAGCAGCAAAGGGACCAGACUUUAAAAAGAGACAAUCUAUCUCUGGCUUCCACAACCAGGUACUAAUGGGAGUCUUAUUCAGGAUUUAAUGAAGAUGCCAUUCCUGGUGGCCUCUGUGCCCAGAUUGCAUCCGGAAGACCUAGGCUGUCAUCAAAAUGUCCAAAAGGAAAUUUCUUAAAGAGUUUAAAUUCAGCUUUGUUUUUCAUUAAUGCGACGAAUAAUUCAAAACCAUACAGAUUCUUUGACAGGAACUCUAGUAAUAGCGGAACAGUGUUUAUGAAACCUUUUUAGGCUCAAGGUUUUUGAGCCUACACAAAUCAGUUAUUUGGAAUGAUCAUUUGGAAUGAAAUUCACAACUCAAGUACAAGAACCUCUCCAAAUCAGGCCACUUUGAUCAUCCUGUCUCGGAAUCUGGUGUGAAGCCUUUAGGUCCUCACCCUAGGGCAGCACAUUGCUAUGGGUGUGGCUGGGAAACCUCAGUCGAUGCGGUUUAAAGAUUUUCAAGAGAUGAGCAGAAAUUUCUCACAAGUGCUUGGUUUCUCAACAGAAAGACUUCUAAAAGUUCCUGGGAAGGGGACAUUUGGGGUGAAGCUGAGUGCGGAAACAUCACCUCACAGGCUUUGUCCCAACGCAGGAUUUUUCUUUGUAUGUUCUUUUCAUACUGUGGAAUUCUUUUGGAUAUCAGGAUAUUUGUUUUUGAAGUAGCCAGUUACACAGCUCACACUGUGUAAAAAAACCGUACUACUGUCAUCCCCAAAGGAAGGAUGAGUUGAAGGGAUAUUACACCUAGUAGUUUUGUUUGAUCUGUCGACUCUUGUGUUAAUAAUGCAUUGGUGUAGGACAACCGAGAUCACUCCCCCCAAGUACUAAACCAUUUUCCCUUAUGUCCCCAUGGCUAUUAGCAGAGCUAAAUUUCAAGUCUAGAGCCAGAUGUUAAGUGUCUGGGGAUAAUUUGUCAUUUUGUGGUAAAGGUGGUCUUCUUAUCACCUACCCAGAACCUUUACUCAUCACAAAUUUCAAAGAGGUACAUAGUUUCCUUAACAUCUUUAAGAUAAUGUGACUAGUUUUCUUAAAUUCCAUUCCCAUAAGAUACCAUAGGACAAGUUAGUGGAUUCCUUUUUUUUUUUUUUUUUUACUGUUUAUUUUUUUGAGAGAGACAGAGACAGAGACAGAAUGCAAGGCGUUGGGGCAGAGAGAGAGGGAGACACAGAAUCUGAAGCAGGCUCCAGGCUCUGAGCUGUCAGCACAGAGCCUGACAUGGGGCUCGAACUCACAAGCUGUGAGAUCAUGACCUGAGCCAAAGUCGGAUGCUCAACCUACUGAGCCACCUAGGUGCCCCAGUGGAUUCCAUUUCAUGACUGCCCUAGUCCUAGUCCUCCAAAAGUAAAGUCAGAUGGAUGUCAAAAGCUGCUCUUUCCAGGCUUGAAGAACAAGAAUGUUCUUAAGAAGUGUGCUGUCUUGUGCAUGUGACCAGCAGCACAGUGGAAAUCAAUGCUCUGUUCAUUACUCGUAAAGAAGUAGAAGUAAGUGGUUAAACUGAGCCAUCUCCCACCUACAGAGUUCUUCUGACUCCCACUGGCAUCCAGUUUGUAAGGCUGAUGGCAAGGGUUAAAGUUUAGGAUUAGUGUUUUUUGUAGCCAGAGGUUACUUUUAGGUCUGUGAAACUCAUGGACUCAUUUGUCAGGUUUGGCUUUAACCUUACCAGCCCUACACUCAUACCCACUAACUGACCAGCCCAGAUAAUUGUUUAAUGGUGCUUUAUGCUUAUCAGUUGACUUCCGUGCCAUCACAGAGGAAGUUAGAAUUAACUGUGUGGUCUGGUAAGUAUAACUUCUGUUGUACAUCUUACGUAUUAACAUUUAAGUAUAAACAUGCCGCAGCUAAUACUCUAAAACUUAUUAGUUCUUGCUUAGGUAAAAAGCCAGGUAUGAAAGUAUGGCAUGUACUUAAUAACACUUUGUUCUAUGUAAAUGAUUAGUUUCCUCAGGCUUUCAAGGAGUUCUUUUUUCCUCCCCAGAGUGGGUUCAUGUGCAUUUGGCCCCAACCCAUAGGGUGAGUGAGCUAGAAACCUGUACAGGCAAAUCUGCCAGUGUCCCUAGAUGAUGGUGACAAAGGGAAAAGUGGGGCUCACAGGUCCCUUCUUGUGGAGAGGGAGGUUUCUUCUGCACCCCCACCCUCCCAGUCUGGAGCUCAGCAUCACUGUAGUUUGGUGGCUCCCCUUAGCCAUAGCUGCUUGUUCCUGGGGCCAGGACAUUCCAUAAUGGCAGGACCAUGCAGUCCCCAGGGGGACAGUGGCUGGGUUGCCGUCAUUCCCUUCAGAGUCCGUUAAUGGCCAGCUGGGUAAGAGGUAUUUCUAAUAAAGGUGGAACUCAGGUUUGGUGUUUUGUUUUUUUCUUUUUCUAAGUGCCUAAAUAAGUAAGCCAGGCUGUUUAUACAGAACCAUCUUCAAAAUAAGAUGGUUUUGCUCAGACUGUCUUACUCAGAGGUAUCUCAGCAAGCCAAGAUAAACCUGAAUUUGAGGUUUAGAAUCUGAGUUUGUUAAUGCAUCAUUAUCAUGUAUUGUUAACUAGGAAACAUUUGGCAUUGAGCUGGAGAGUGGGCAAAGAGUGUUAACAUGUGUCUGGUGAGAUUACUUAACGGUUUCUCCAAAGAGGAGGGAAAGUAUCAGAAAAAAUGACAGCAAAAAUGGUAAGGAAGCUAGAAAGUAGCUAGACUGACUGCACAAUUUGUAACAGCCAAUAUUAUUUUAAGCUAAAUUCCAAGAAACCAAUGUGAUAUCUGAUGUAUACAAGUCUACGAAAAUACUGUGGAAUAAGCCCAGGAAGGAUGGAUGUAUUUGCAGAAAACAAUCAGAGCACAGGCUUUUUAACUCAAAUUGUCAGAGUGUGAUAUGGAGUCUUUUUUUUUUUUUUUCUAUCAAGUCAAUAGAAAGUUAAGAAUCAAGGGAUUUUAGUAAUUUAUUCAAUGCCACUUCUUGCCAUUAUUUUGAGAUUGUUAAAAUGGGCACAAGAGUUCAGAAAGGGAACCUGAUGCCUUCACUGGUAGAGACGGAGCCACGUUCGUGCUGUGGGUGGGAUCACCUCUGCGGAAGAACAGUACGUUUUCUCUUAAAGGCAAGAUGCUUAUAGGUUUUACCUCUUUACUUUGUAUUUACUUUGAAAGUUGCACUUGUUCACCUACCAGUGUUUACGAAAUCCUGUAUUUGGGAUGCUUUUUCUAUAAUAAAAUAUUAUCAUUUG